AUGGCUUAUUCAAAGUAUAACAGUCGGAGAUUGGAGGGAAAAGUGGCGUUGCUGACGGCGUCAACGGAAGGGUAUGUUUUUACUAUCAGACGGUCGGAAAAAUAACGGCGGAUGGUCGCAGCAAAAUGUCUCGCCUCGCCGCUAUCGCGCUCCAAAUCCCAAGCCGCGGCUUGCAGUCGCAGCGCGAUGAUGCGCGAUUCCGAGGCGCGACGAUCCGCCGUUAUUUUCCCGACAGACCGAUAGCUUAGACUUGAGAGGGCAAAACGGACGAUCAUAGCUUUUUUUAAAAAUAAGUCGAAAUCUACAGUGAGGGACCUGGUCCAGUGGCAAAAAACUUGCUAUUUUGCAUCCCAGAAGUAUGAAAAAAUGUAGGAAAAUGCCUCCCUUUUCAAGCGAAAAAACUCGGUUUUGAAGGGCGCACUAUUUCCCUCACAAAAAGAGCGUACGAGCCUUUGAAAUUGGGUUUUUUUCACUUGGAGAGGGAGGCAUUUUGCUACAUUUUUUGACACUUCACGGAUACAAAAUGGUACGUUUUUUGCCGCUGGAUCAGGUCCGCCAUUGUAUUUAAUAGGCCAUCUUGAAGAUCAGCCAAAAUCUAUAGUCUCAUAAAAGUCUUCAAUAUUCCAUUGGGAAGUGCUUGAAGUGUGACGCUCUGAUUUUGAGCGAACUUGGCACAUAUUUGGACUAAAAUUAUGCGAAUUCUAUGUAUCCUCUCGGCGGAAAAUACCACUGAAUAUCUCGGCUGCUUCUGCAAAGCGCGAGCUGAAACUUUCGGAAAUUGAUUCGAGUCUACCACCCAUUAUGUGGGAAGAAUCGAAAGAAAAUACGAGGGUAGCACCUGGGACACUUCCAUUUUUAGUCAUUAUAACACUUUCGCAACAUUACAGAAUUGGUUACGCCACCGCUGAACGCUUAGCUCACGAAGGAGCUAAAGUUGUGAUCAGCUCCAGAAACGAAACCAACGUAAAGAAAGCUCUUCAACAACUAAUUGAUAGCGGAAUCCCCUCAGAAAAUGUUUCUGGUACAGUCUGUCAUGCAGGCAACCCAGCACAUCGUCAACAUCUGGUCGACUUUGCUUUGCAAAAAUUUGGAAAGAUUGAUAUUUUGUUCAAUAAUGCCGGGAUCAAUCCGGCAGUUGGUGAAAUUUUGGAUGUGACAACGUCACAGUACGACAAAUUAAUGGAUGUUAAUAUAAAAGCAACGUUUUUGAUGAGCCGGCUUGUUGCUGAACAUAUGAAACGGAAUGGGUAAGUAAGAAAGAUGCCCAGUACGUGGGUGAAGUUUGUAAACAUAGCGGAACCUCUAUAACGAAUUUCCAGUUUCCAUGCAGCAAGUCAAUUUAUAACGAAUCCAUAAGGAAAUCAUCUAUGUAUACUGGAUUACUUUUUGCGAUUUUACAUGUAAAUACACAGUUUUUUGAUUGUACUUAUAUUUGCAACUUUUGCAAGACAUCUACAGUGGGAGACCUGAUCCAGUGGCGAAAAAACGUACCAUUUGGCAUCCGGGAAGUAUUUAAAAUGUGGCAAAAUGCUUCCUUCUCCAAAUGAAAAAAAUCAGACUUCAAAAGCGUGUCCGCUCUUUUUGUGGGGGAAUUUCCUUUAAAAAAAGUUUUUCACUUGGAGAGGGAAGCAUUUUGCCACAUUUUUGAUGCUUCCCGGAUGCAAAAUGGUACGUUUUUUGCCAAUGGGUCAGGUCCCCCACUGUAGUCGGGAUGCUGAUUCUUUUUCGCCCUUUCCUUUUUAUGUAUUUUUCGGAUGAUUUUUUUAGUGGCGGCGUCAUAAUCUUCAACGCAACUGUUGGCGCUUUCUCGGCCAAAAGGGGCAUUCUCACCUAUAGCAUGUUGAAAUCGGCAUUGCUUGCGUUGACUCCUGCAUUGGCCCAUGAACUGGCUCCAUACAACAUACGAGUGAACACAGUGGCUCCAGGCGCAAUCGAGACUAGAAUGGGGAGCAUUGUAAGUUUAUUUGGCUUAUUCAUCGUUUUAUUUUUUAACACUCCUAACAAUCGUCUUUCCAGAUGUUCGACAAAAACAAUCCCCGUUACAAGUUGGUGGAGUCUAACGGAAUUUUCUGGUGGUUGAAUCGCCGCGGGCAGCCGAGCGACAUCGCUGCUUCUGUGGCCUAUUUGGUUUCAGAUGACGCCAAAUUUGUAACUGGCGAAAAUCAUCUUGUUACCGGCGGAACUGAUUGUAGAUUGUAA